GCCAGGUUCCAGCCGAGGAGGACUGAUAAAUGGUUAGAAACAACCAAGAAGCUGCAAGAAUGAACAGAUGGAUGCAUGAAUCAAUGAAAUGGCCUCCAGGACCUAGAGACGAGAGAGGAGAGUGUGGUACAAAAGUGUUUGUGGAGUGAAAGGCAAAGGUAGCUGGGAUCUUUGCUAGACACAGUAAAAUGGGGUUAUCUGACACUCGUUACUUUUCACUUAUUAAAGCAGGAAUGAGUGUAUGUGCAGAUCAAUGUCAAUGUUUUGUUAUACAGAGAUUCAGAAAUUCACUGUUUAGGCUAGACUGGCUGGCCAACAAGCCCAGGACCUUCCUGUCUCCUGUCCUCUAGCACCUGGACUAUAGCUAAGCAUUAGAAAACUUAAAAAACAGUCAUUUCUUCUGGCUCUGACUUUUCAUUUUCAGUUUAAUGUAUACUAAUAUCUCUAAAGUCAAUACCUACAUCCUAGUUUGUUUCAAUAUUCUUUCCAUGGGAGGGUGCUGAACAUGGGCCUAGCGUUAAAGACGGGCCUUUAACUUGCUGGCACACUUACUUGGAGUGAACUAUUCAAGUCUCCCCAGUGCUGCUUAAGCUGUAGCCUCCUUGCCAACUAUCCGGACAGGAGCCCAGAGCAUCAAUAAGAGGCUGUGGGGGAGGAGAAGCCGAUUAUCAACUUCAUUGUACAAAAGAGAAAAAGUGAGCAGUAACUGGAAAGUGCUUAAUCCUUCUGGGAAUUCUGGCUAACCAGUCAGGAAUUAACCUUGGCAGUAAUUAGGCCGUCAAUGCCCCUUUCAGAGAAUGUUCAAAAACCUCAGCUUUGUUUAGAGAACUUAUGUGGGUGGAACCAGCUGUUUGCACAAAGAACAGCAUAAAGCCUAGCUGCUUCUCAGCACGUUCAGGACCAGAUCUCUGGCGGGGGAGCAGGGUACAAGGUAGCCAGGUCUCCAGUCCUCUCUGCAGCAUGGGAAAGCACAGGCUCCUGAACCUGGCCCUUCUGCCUCUGCUGCUGCCGCUGCUGCUCCUGCUUCCCACAGAUGCCUCAGCACCACAAAAACCAAUCUACAUGAUGAUGGUUCCCUCCCUGCUCCACGCAGGCACCCCUGAGAAGGGCUGCCUCCUGUUCAGCUACCUAAAUGAGACAGUGACUGUGAGAGUCUCCAUGGAGUCUGUCCGUGGGAACCAAAGCCUCUUCACUGACCUCGUGGUUGACAAGGACUUAUUCCAUUGUGCCUCCUUCACCAUCCCACAGUCUUCAUCCAAUGAGGUGAUGUUUUUCACUGUCCAAGUAAAAGGACCAACUCAUGAGUUUAAGAGGCGGAGCACGGUGCUGGUUAAGAAUAAAGAGAGUUUGGUCUUUGCUCAGACUGACAAGCCCAUCUACAAACCAGGACAGACAGUGAGAUUUCGUGUUGUCUCAUUGGACGAAAAUUUCCAUCCCCUUAAUGAAUUGAUUCCUCUAUUGUACAUUCAGGACCCUCAAAGAAAUCGCAUUGCACAAUGGCAGAAUUUCAACUUAGAGGCUGGCCUCAAACAGCUGUCCUUCCCCCUCUCCUCAGAGCCCGCUCUGGGCUCCUACAAGGUGGUGAUACGCACAGAAUCAGGCAGGACUGUUGAGCAUCCUUUCUCUGUGGAGGAAUUCGUGCUUCCCAAGUUUGAAGUGAGAGUGACAGUACCAGAGACAAUCACCAUCCUGGAGGAAGCAAUGAAUGUGUCCGUGUGUGGCAUAUACACCUACGGGAAGCCUGUUCCUGGAAAUGUGACUGUGAACAUUUGCAGAAAGUACAGUAAUCCUUCUAGCUGCUUCGGUGAAGAGUCCCUGGCUUUCUGUGAGAAACUCAGUCAACAGCUAGAUGGCCAUGGCUGCUUCUCACAGCUGGUGAAAACCAAGUCUUUCCAGCUAAAGAGACAAGAAUAUGAGAUGCAGCUUGAUGUGAACGCCAAGAUCCAAGAAGAAGGAACAGGCGUGGAAGAAACCGGAAAGGGGUUCACUAAGAUCACAAGGACCAUAAGCAAGCUAUCAUUUGUGAACGUGGAUUCACAUUUCAGACAUGGGAUUCCUUUUGUUGGACAGGUGCUCCUGGUGGAUGGCAGAGACACCCCUAUUCCAUAUGAAAUGAUUUUCAUUGGAUCCGAUGAAGCAAACCAGUACAUAAAUACCACCACUGAUAAGAAUGGCCUGGCAAGGUUCUCCAUCAACACUGAUGACAUCAUGGGCACAUCCCUAAGUAUCAGGGCCAAAUACAAGGAUAGCAAUGUCUGCUAUGGGUUCAGGUGGUUGACGGAGGAGAAUGUAGAGGCUUGGCACACUGCCAAUGCCGUUUUCUCACCAAGCAGAAGCUUCGUGCAUCUGGAAUCCCUGCCCGAUAAACUGCGUUGUGACCAAACCCUGGAGGUCCAGACGCAUUAUAUUCUAAAUGAAGAGGCUGUGCUGGAGCUGAAGGAGAUAGUCUUCUACUAUCUGAUGAUGGCAAGGGGAGGCAUUGUGCGGGCAGGGACUCACGUACUGCCUGUGAAGCAGGGACACAUGAAAGGUCACUUCUCCAUCCUCAUCUCGAUGGAGACAGACCUGGCUCCCGUGGCCAGACUGGUCCUUUAUACUGUUCUGCCCAGUGGAGAAGUGGUUGGAGAUACUGUUAAAUACGAGAUUGAAAACUGCCUGGCCAACAAGGUGGAUUUGGUCUUCCAUCCAAAUAGGGGUCUUCCGGCCACACGUGCCCUCCUCAGUGUCACAGCUUCUCCUCAGUCCCUUUGUGGCCUGCGAGCUGUGGACCAAAGUGUGCUGCUCAUGAAGCCUGAGGCUGAGCUCUCCGCAUCCCUGGUUUAUGACCUGCUACCAGUGAAAGACCUCACUGGCUUCCCUAAGGGCAUGGAUCAACAAGAAGAAGACACUAAUGGCUGCAUUAAGCAAAAUGACACUUACAUUAAUGGAAUCCUGUACUCCCCAGUACAGAACACAAAUGAAGAGGACAUGUACGGCUUCCUAAAGGAUAUGGGCUUAAAGGUAUUCACCAACUCGAACAUCCAUAAACCCAAAGUCUGUGAACGGCUCGGAGACAAUAGAGGAAUACCAGCUGCGUACCACAUCGUAAGCCAAGGCCUCAGCCUCAUGGAUGAUUUUCUCGAGUCUUCAGAGUCUUCCACAGAGACUACGCGAAGCUACUUCCCUGAGACGUGGAUCUGGGACUUGGUGAUCGUGGACUCAACAGGAGUGGCUGAAAUGGAAGUGACAGUCCCUGACACCAUCACUAAAUGGAAGGCCGGGGCCUUCUGCCUGUCCAAUGACACUGGACUGGGCCUGUCUCCUGUGAUUGAUUUCCAAGCCUUCCAGCCCUUCUUCAUAGAGCUCACAAUGCCCUACUCUGUGAUCCGUGGAGAAACCUUCAUGCUCAAGGCCACUGUGCUGAACUACCUCCAAACAUGCAUCCGGGUUGCUGUGCAGCUGGAGGCCUCUCUUGAUUUCCAAGCUGCCCCAGAGGAGAAGGAACAAAAGUCUCACUGCAUCUGUAUGAACGAGCGGUACACCGCGUCCUGGGCUGUGAUCCCCAAGUCAUUAGGAAAUGUGAAUUUCACUGUGAGUGCAGAGGCACUGGACUCUAAGGAGCGGUGUAGGAAUGAGGUGCCAGUGGUCCCUGAACAUGGAAAGAAAGACACGAUCAUCAAGUCCCUGCUGGUUGAACCUGAAGGUCUAGAGAAUGAAGUGACAUUCAACCAUUUGCUUUGUCCAAUGGGUGCUGAGGUAUCUGAACAGAUACUGCUGAAGCUGCCAUCAGAUGUGGUAGAGGAAUCUGCCCAAGCUUCUGUCACAGUUUUGGGAGAUAUAUUGGGUUCUGCUAUGCAGAACAUACAGGAUCUCCUCAAGAUGCCCUAUGGCUGUGGAGAACAGAACAUGGUUCUGUUUGCCCCUAAUAUCUAUGUCCUGGACUAUCUGAAUGAAACAGAGCAGCUGACACAGGAGAUCAAGACCAAGGCCAUUGCCUAUCUUAAUACAGGGUACCAAAGACAACUAAACUACAAGCACCAGGAUGGCUCCUACAGCACCUUUGGGGAUAAACCUGGCAGGAGUCAUGCCAAUACCUGGCUCACAGCUUUUGUACUGAAGAGUUUUGCUCAGGCUCGAAAAUAUAUCUUCAUCGAUGAGACACACAUCACCCAAGCCCUCGUCUGGCUUUCCCAGCAGCAGAAGGACAAUGGCUGCUUUCGGAGCUCCGGGUCACUUCUAAACAAUGCCAUGAAGGGAGGAGUAGAAGAUGAAGUCACCUUGUCUGCCUACAUCACCAUCGCUCUCCUGGAGAUGUCUCUUCCUGUCACUCAUCCUGUUGUCCGCAAUGCCCUCUUUUGCCUGGACACAGCCUGGAAGUCAGUAAGGAGAGGAGUCAAUGGUAGCCAUGUCUACACUAAGGCGCUGCUGGCCUAUGCAUUUGCCCUUGCUGGUAACCAGGACACAAAGAAGGAGAUACUGACAUCACUCAAUGAGGAGGCUGUAAAAGAAGACAGUUCUAUCCACUGGACCAGACCUCAUAAAUCCAGAGUGCCAGCAGAUCUCUGGUACCAGCCCCAAGCUCCCUCGGCUGAGGUAGAGAUGACUGCUUAUGUGCUCCUGGCUUAUCUGACCACCGAGCGGGCUCCAACCCAAGAGGACCUGACAACUGCAAUGCUCAUCGUGAAGUGGCUCACAAAGCAGCAGAAUUCCCAUGGCGGCUUCUCUUCUACCCAGGACACAGUAGUGGCUCUCCACGCUUUGUCCAAAUACGGAGCAGCUACUUUCACAAGAGCUAAGAAAGCUACUCAGGUGACCAUCCAUUCUUCAGGAGCCUUUUCUACAAAAUUCCAAGUGAACAACGACAACCAAUUAUUACUACAGAGAGUCAUGCUGCCAACUGUGCCUGGGGAUUACACCGUGAAGGUGACAGGAGAAGGGUGUGUCUACCUCCAGACAUCCUUGAAAUACAGUGUUCUCCCGAGAGAAGAGGAGUUCCCAUUUGCUUUGGUGGUGCAGACUAUGCCUGAGACAUGUGAGGAUCCCAAAGCUCACACGAGCUUCCAGAUCUCACUCAAUAUCAGUUACACUGGAAGCCGUUCAGACUCCAACAUGGCAAUUGCUGAUGUGAAGAUGGUGUCUGGCUUCAUUCCCUUGAAACCAACAGUGAAAAUGCUUGAAACAUCUGUGCAUGUGAGCCGGACGGAAGUCAGCAAUAAUCAUGUCUUGAUUUACUUGGAUAAGGUGUCAAAUCAGACUCUGAACUUGUCCUUCAUGGUUCAGCAAGAUAUUCCAGUAAGAGACCUGAAGCCAGCCAUAGUCAAAGUCUAUGAUUACUACGAGAAAGAUGAGUUUGCAGUUGCAAAAUACAGUGCUCCUUGCAGCACAGAUUAUGGAAAUGCCUGAGGUCACUGUGAACAAGAAGUCUUUCACCAGAGCCCUGUUCUUAGGAGUUCAUAAGAAAAACAGUGUUUUGAUUUUUUUUUGCUUUUCCAGAGAUUUGAUAAAUAAACCACUUUUUCUUAUCUAUCCAU